UUCAAGAGAGUGAGGCAGCUGAUGUGACUACCAAUGGGGAACGCAAGUUGCAACCACUGCGCUAGAUGAGAGCGCAGGCAGGACAUCCGAACUUCUCAACUUGCCUUGACAAGGAAACAGAAUACAUGGACCAGGAGGAAGGAAGGAACGACACAAACUGUCUUUUAGCUUGCUUCACCAACAUGACAUAACCAACAAAUGCACAUUUGUGGUGAAUUGUGCUACCUAGUUAGCUAGCUGGCUAACUUUCUAGCUAAAUAAUUCAUUGCCACAUUACAAGCUAGCUAGGCUAGCCAGAUUCGUUUACGAUCAUUAACGCGCACACGGCAGCUAGCUGAUGUUACUGUCUGAAAAGGCUGGGACGUCAACAUCACACGGGAAAACGUGCGGUGUUUACUAACAUUUUGCUCGCUCAGAAUUUUAAUAACUAGAUGAAUUAGCUAGCUAGCUAGCUACAUACCAGACGAUAGCUAGUCCUGACAGCUAUCGUUAGCUAGCUACGUAUUCCAUGGCAUCAGUUUUGUUUGUAAACGUUCGCCUGGUUACAUACUGUUGGUUGUGACCGUGCCAAAGAAAUAGAUGUAUUAUUGAAAGAAUCAUGGCUAAAAUAGAGAAUGGUCGCCAGUCGGCCGACUCGAGAAGUAUCAGGACCAUUAGUAGCAGUCAUAUGGACGACGAGAGCUCCCUUGGCUCAGACUCCGAGAUGAACGGCUUUACCAACGACAGGCACACUGAUAAAUAUGGAUUUAUUGGAGGGGCGCAACAGUAUUCAGAAGAAUCGGCUCAGGAUGUCCCUCCAGAGGUGCUGAGGCAGCGAGAGGUCAAGUGGCUAGACAUGCUGAGCAACUGGGACAAAUGGAUGGUCAAGAGACACAAAAAGGUGAGACUGCGGUGCCAGAAAGGAAUCCCACCCUCACUGCGAGGCCGUGCUUGGCUCUACCUGUCAGGAGGAAAAGUGAAGAGGGAACAGAACCGGGGGAAGUUCGAGGAGCUGGACAGUCAGGCUGGAGACCCAAAAGAGCUGGAUGUGAUUGAGAAAGACCUGCACAGACAGUUCCCCUUCCAUGAGAUGUUUGUAUCACGAGGGGGCCACGGACAGAAGGACCUGUUCCGUGUUCUGAAGGCCUACACGCUGUACAGGCCAGAGGAGGGCUACUGUCAAGCCCAGGCCCCCAUUGCUGCUGUGCUGCUCAUGCACAUGCCUGCUGAGGAUGCAUUCUGGGGGCUGGUCCAAAUUUGUGAGAAGUACCUCCCUGGAUACUACAGUGCAGGGCUGGAGGCCAUCCAGUUAGAUGGAGAGAUCCUGUAUGCUUUGACGCGGCGUGUCUCCCCCAUAACCUACCGCCACCUGGAGAAACAUAAAAUAGAGCCCAUUCUCUACAUGACAGAGUGGUUCAUGUGUGCCUUCUCCCGCACCCUGCCCUGGGCCUCAGUUCUCCGUGUCUGGGACAUGUUCCUCUGUGACGGUGUGAAGAUAAUUUUCCGGGUGGGCCUGGUGCUGCUGAAGUGCAUGCUGGGUACCCGUGAGAAGCUGAAUGCGUGUCAGGGCCAGUAUGAGACCAUGGAGCUGCUGAGGGCCAUAGAGCCACGCUACAUGCAGGAGGGCUUCCUCGUCCGGGAGGUUCUGGAUGUGCCCAUCUCAGAGCGGGACGUUGAGAGCGAGCACCAUGUUCAGCUGAAGCGCUGGAGGAAGAACCGCGGUGAGCUGCACUGGAAGUCUCCUCCCAGAAUGCACGGUGCCAGGGCUAUCAUGGCUUCGGAGCCUCCCAGUCGCCAGGACCUUCGUCAGAACCCCACCAUCAUCGUCGAGUCGCCCCUGCCUGCCCCUCAGCUGCAGAAGAGAGAGAAGAAGGGCAAAGAGGAGAAGAAGAGCAUUAAGAAAGGAAGUAUGAAGAAAACCCCUCCUGUCACGGAGAUCCCCAACCCUUAUAAUUUACCUGGUGACCCUAAGCUUCCACUCAGAGAUCCUCUGCUUCCACUCAGAGAUCCUCUGCUUCCACUCAGAGAUCCUCUGCUUCCACUCAGAGAUCCUCUGCCUCAGCUUCCACUCAGAGAUCCUCAGCCUACUCUGAGAGACUCACCAGCACAGAAGCCCCUCGUCAAUGACACACCCCUCCCAAACACACUUAAAGACUCUCACCUUCCCCAACAACCAGCCCUUAAUGACCAACCAGUCUUUAACGACCAGUCUCUUCUCAAAGAGUCGCCCCUCCAGAUGUCCAGACAGAGCCUGAGUAGCACAGAGGCAGAUCAUCAGGACACAUACCUGUAGCUCUCGCUGUGGGCAGAAGGUGGAACUGCAUGUGUGAAACUGGGCCUGAUGGUGAGUGAGAAGAACUGGAACAUCCCCUGUUUUAUCCUGGACAGUUCUCAUUCACUCACUCACUCACUCUCAGGCCCUCUGCAUGCCAACCAAGCCCUCUGUCUCUUUAUCAGGCACUAGCACAGCUCAGCCAUAUACCAGCAACUGGGUGUACCAUGGCUAAUGUCACUGCAGCCCAACUAUGGGCGACAAUUGUAUAUUUUUCAUAUGAUUUUAUUCUGCCUGCUUUUAAGACACUGUAUUGCCUAGAGCAAGCACACAGUCAGCAGCAUACACUAAUGCAUCACUGCCAAGUGUUAUAAUACUUUCAUCCUUAUGUUACCUCUUCAUGCUUCUUCACUCUGACUGUUACUGAUGUGCAAGGGAGAUAGUGUUCUGUGUGCAAGGGAGAUGGUGUUCUGUGUGCAAGGGAGAUGGUGUUCUUUGUGCAGAGGAGAUGGUGUUCUUUGUGCAGAGGAGAUGGUGUUCUUUGUGCAAGGGAGAUGGUGUUCUUUGUGCAAGGGAGAUGGUGUUCUUUGUGCAAGGGAGAUGGUGUUCUUUGUGCAAGGGAGAUGGUGUUCUUUGUGCAAGGGAGAUGGUGUUCUUUGUGCAAGGGAGAUGGUGUUCUUUGUGCAAGGGAGAUGGUGUUCUUUGUGCAACGGAGACAUGCUAUUGAUUUAUUGGUUGUGUAGUUGUAUACAAAACAAUCAUCACCUAAUAGACUAUCUGAUUCUAGGGUUUAACAAGAGACUUGAUUAAAUCAAACUGCCUUCAUUCACACAAAAUGGGAGUGUUUAAAAAAAUAUAUAUAUAUAUAUUCAUUCAAAUCUCCCAACCACCUGUGGUUUGUAGGUAAUAGAAAUUGGAAAUAUAAACUUUUUUUAAACUAAGCUAUACUACUAUUGAUACUUUUAAAAUUUAAUGUAAACACUUGCCAUUUCAUUUUGAUUAAUGCCUAAGAAAGAGCUGGGUAUAUAUUGUUUCAAGUCAGGUUGGUUGAGUCAAAUUCCCAGUUGGCCUUAUCGAUAAGUAAAGAGCUUCCAUCCUUCACCACCAGAGAGCAGUCUUGGUGUGUUUUCCUGUAUAUUCUGUUAUCCCAGCUGCUAACUUCCCCUUCCUAAAAAGGAACUCCGAGCACUCUUGUCUCGAAUUUACACUCAUUACAUGUCAAUUCCAUACUUAAAGGAACUUGCGAGCUUGUUUUACUAUACAGUAAAAGGUGACGUAUGACAUGUGCCUUGUACAACUUGUGUAUAAAUCUUCGACCCCUGUGGCUAUCUAUUGUCCCUGCCAGGUGGUAAUGGACCUGAUGUCUGGAGACCAGACACAAACCUCACUGUGCCAGGCAAUUCCAGUUACUAUGUAGCAUUUAACUCAUUUAAGGUAUGCAAGAAAGAGAGAGGACUGGACAUUCCUCACAAUGAUUUGACACAUUCCUGCCCUUGGGUUUCUUAAAAGCCUAUAUGUCUUGUAUGUCUUGUAUGUCUUGCAUGCUACAUGUACAGUAUUCAUGCAUGUUCAUAUUUCAUAGCAGUUAGCUGGAUUGUUCCACCAAUUCGGUGCCUUUUGAAAGUAACUUGGUCAACCUAAUUUGAUUUCACCUCAUUUUAACAUUGUCAUUAAAAGCACUUUUCUUUUUCUUUUUUCACUUUACCCUCUCGAGGUUAAAUAAUAAUAAUAAAAAGACUAAGUGCCAAAUAAAGUAACAAGGUUGACUAUAACAAGGUUGACUAUAACAAGGUUGACUAUAACAAGGUUGACUAUAACAAGGUUGACUAUAACAAGGUUGGUGAUUUAAUCUUAAAUACCCUUGUGAAUCUUCAAAAUUACUUUGUCAAAGCAACAAAAUAACUUUACAAUGAUGGUGAAAAUGUUAGGGUUAAGUGGGUUAAAAAUCUUCCUAGAAGUCAGACGGUGCACGGAGGAGCAUGUCAACAUGCUGAAUUUAUUUCAUUAUCUAUGUGGUCUUUAUUAAAGGGCACUUCAUUCAAUAUAACUCACUGUUAAAAUUCAAUAUUGGUGCACAAUUUCUACUUAAAAUAUCAAUGGGACGCAAAAGGCACUCUUUGUGGAACGGCCCGGCUGUAUAGUGCUAACCUCUGCUCCUCUGCACAGGUGCUGGAUGAUGUGGACCUUGCAGGCUAGAUACUUUUGUAUAUAUAGUGUUUGUGGACGUGUGUGGAUUCGGACAUUACAACCACAUCCAUUGCUGACAGGUGUAUAAAAUUGGGCACACCGCCAUGCACUCUCCAAAGACAUACAUUGGCCUUACUGAAGAGCUCAGUAACUUUCAAUAUGGCGCCAUCAUGGGAUGCCACCUUUCCAACAAGUUAGUUGGUCAAAUUUCUGCCCUGCUAGAGCUGCCCUGGUCAACUGUAAGUGCUGUUAUUGUGAAGUGGAAAUGUCGAGGAGCAACAACUGCUCAGCCAUGAAGACGUAGGCCACACAAGCUCACAGGACGGGACCGCUAAAGCACGUAGCGCGUAAAAAUUGUCUGUCCUUGGUUGCAACACUCACUACUGAGUUCCAAACUACCUCUGGAAGCAACGUCAGCACAAGAAUGAUUCGUCAGGAGCUUCAUGAAAUGGGUUUCCACAGCCGCACACAAGUCUAAGGUCACCCUUCUCAAUGCCAAGCUUCUCCUGGAGUGGUGUAAAGCUCUCCGCCAUUAGACUCUGGAGCAGUGGAAACGCAUUCUCUGGAGGGAUGAAUCACGCUUCACCAUCUGGCUGUCCAACAGACGAAUCUGGGUUUGGCGGAUGCCAGGAGAACGCUACCUACCCCAAUGCAUAGUGCCAACUGUAAAGUUUGGUGGAGGAUGAAUAAUGGUCUGGUGCUGUUUUUCAUGAUUGGGACUAGGCCCCUUAGUUCCAGUGAAGGGAAAUCUUAACGGAACAUUCUAGACAAUUCUUUGCUUCCAACUUUGUGGCAACAGUUUGGGGAAGGCUUCCUGUUUCAGAAUGGCAGUGCCCCAUGCACAAAGUGAGGUCCAUGCAAAAAUGGUUUGUCGAGAUCGGUGUAGAAGAACUUGACUGACCUGUACAGAGCUCUGACCUCAACCCCAUCGAACACCUUUGAGACUAAUUGGAAUGCCGACUGCGAGCCAGGUCUAAUCGCCCAACAUCAGUGCCCGACCUCACUUAUGCUCUUGUGGCAGAAUGGAAGCAAGUCCGUGCAGCAAUGUUCCAACAUCUAGUGGAAAGCCUUCCCAGAAGAGUGGAGGAUGUUAUAGCAGCAAAGGGGGGACCAACUCCAUAUUCAUGCCUGUGAUUUUGUAAUGAAAUGUUUGAGGAUCAGGUGUCCAAAUACUUUUGGUCAUGUAGUGUGGCUCUGUAAAGACAUGGAUCAGCUUAUUGCUACACUGAGUGACAGGUCCAGAUAUAUGGUGAUCAAAACCAAAUAACAAUGUGAUAAGGAUCAUCGGAUUGAUCCAUUGCCUGUUGGAUGCUUAGCCUUACUUGUUGCAUACCGGCGAAGGGAAUACUUUUGGGAUAUCUUGGAGUUUUCAUCUUUUGGGAUAACGUUGAAGCCUUUCCAUUUAAAAAUGUUAUAUUCAUUUGGGAAAAUCAUGAGGCCUGUUGGGAUAAAGAUCAGGCCUUUGCUUUGGGAAAAUAAUGGACAGUCUGUUGACCGAAGCCUUUUUGGUGAUUCAAGUUUAGAGGCAACAAGGUUUGCAGUCAGAUGUCUCAAAGGUUUUUUAACUAUUAUGUUGUAGGCACUAUAGGAAAUGAUUCAGUAGAGAUUAAGACGUAAUCGAUGCACAACACUUAUUAUUGCUACAAUAUAUCAUUCCACUGAAUGCUGCAUGUUUGUUGUACAGGUCACCUCUAAGACCUCACUAAAAAGCAAUAAAAGGUGAAUGGAGGUCAAGUAAACAAAAACAUAUUUGAUUUUUUAUUUAACCUGGCAAGACCGUUAAGAACAAAUUCUUAUUUACAAUAACGGCUUAACCUGGACGACGCUGGGCCAAUUGUGCGCUGCCAUAUGGGACUCCCAAUCUUGGCCGGUUGUGAUACAGCCUGGAAUCGAGCCAGGGUCUGUAGUGAGGCCUCUAGCACUGAGAUGCAGUGCUUAGAACACUGGGCCACUCGGGAGCCACAUAGCCUUUCUCCACCCAAGUGUAUAGUGACCUGUAUCACAUAUUUCCCAUUUUGCAGCUAUUAUAGUUUAAUUUAAUGCUUAAAAUGUGUAUAUAAGACUAAUUUGUCAAAUGUCAUUUUGUAAAGAAACAUUAUUUUUGUUGUGUGUACACAUCCAUAUUUGAUGAUCAUAAUCCACCAUUUGCCAUAAAUCAUGGUAGAAACUGAAUCUAUAUUUUAGCUAGAUAAUUUUGACACUAACUUUACAGUUUAAAAAGCAAACAUAUGCAAUGCUUUCUUCCCUAGAAAUAUUCAUGUUUUCUCAGCACAAUGGUUUUAAUUUAGUUUAUUCAGAGAGGCCUUUGGUAUUUUUAUGUUUUUAUUUAUUUUUUAUUUCACCUUUAUUUAACCAGGUAGGCUAGUUAAGAACAAGUUCUCAUUUACAACUGCGACCUGGCCAAGAUAAAGCAUAGCAGUGUGAACAGACAACAACACAGUUACACAUGGAGUAAACAAUAAACAAGUCAAUAACACAGUAGAAAAAGAGUCUAUAUACAUUGUGUGCAAAAGGCAUGAGGUAGGCGAAUAAUUACAAUUUAGCAGAUUAACACUGGAGUGAUAAAUGAUCAGAUGGUCAUGUGCAGGUAGAGAUACUGGUGUGCAAAAGAGCAGAAAAGUAAAUAAAUUUUUAAAAGUAUGGGGAUGAGGUAGGUAAAUUGGGUGGGCUAUUUACCGAUGGACUAUGUACAGCUGCAGCGAUCGGUUAGCUGCUCAGAUAGCAGAUGUUUAAAGUUGUCAACUAUCAACAAAUAUGUAUUUAUCUCAAAGUUGUUUCAUAUUGUCAUUUUUGUUUUUACAAAUAAAAUCACUUUGAUCAACAACA